AUGCCGCGUAUUAUGAUAAAAGGUGGUGUUUGGCGCAACACCGAGGAUGAGAUUCUGAAAGCUGCUGUUAUGAAAUAUGGUAAAAAUCAAUGGAGCCGAAUAGCCUCUCUUUUGCACAGAAAGUCUGCUAAACAGUGUAAAGCACGUUGGUUUGAGUGGUUGGAUCCGAGCAUUAAGAAAACAGAAUGGAGCAGAGAAGAGGACGAGAAGCUUCUACAUCUUGCAAAAUUGAUGCCUACACAAUGGAGAACAAUUGCGCCAAUUAUUGGCCGGACAGCUGCACAGUGCUUAGAACGCUACGAAUAUUUACUGGAUCAGGCACAAAAAAAGGAAGAAGGAGAUGAUGCUGCAGACGAUCCUAGGAAACUGAAGCCAGGAGAAAUUGAUCCAAAUCCUGAAACAAAACCAGCCAGACCUGAUCCUAAAGAUAUGGAUGAAGACGAAUUGGAAAUGUUGUCUGAGGCACGUGCCAGGCUUGCAAAUACUCAGGGAAAGAAGGCAAAACGUAAAGCUAGAGAAAAGCAAUUAGAAGAAGCACGGAGGCUAGCUGCUCUUCAAAAGCGUAGAGAAUUACGAGCUGCUGGUAUUACGGUCUCGCAAAAGAAUAAACGUAAACGCGGCGUCAAUUAUAAUUCUGAGAUUCCUUUUGAGAAACGGCCGGCUGUCGGGUUUUACGAUACAUCGAACGAGCACGUGGAUCCACUUGCUAUUGAUUUCUCGAAGAUGCGGCAACAACAUUUGGACGGAGAAUUAAGGCAAGAGAAAGAAGAGAUGGAACGUAGGAAAGACAAACAGAAGUUAAAGCAGCGUAAGGAGAAUGAUAUACCAAUGGGAAUGUUAAAUAAUGAGGAGCCAGUGAAGAAGAGAAGUAAACUUGUUUUACCGGAACCACAGAUAUCCGACCAAGAAUUACAGCAAGUAGUCAAACUUGGUAGAGCGUCGGAAGUUGCUCGUGAAGUGGCUACCGAAAGUGGUAUCACAUUAUCGGACAGCUUAUUAGCUGAUUACUCUUUACCGACGAAUGCAGCUGUGACUCCUCGCACUCCAGCCGCUACGGAUAGAAUCCUUCAAGAAGCACAAAACGUUAUGGCUCUUACUCAUGUCGAUACUCCAUUGAAAGGUGGAUUAAAUACUCCAUUAAAUAAGUCUGAUUUCGCUGGCGUCGUGCCUUCCGCGAAUGCCGUCGCAACUCCGAAUACGAUUCUAGCCACGCCUUUCCGUUCGCAACGCAGCGAUGGGACACCGGCUAAUUCAUUUAACACGCCGGUGUCAGCACGAACACAGAACGGAGUUUUAGCAGCCACGCCAGUUCGUGAUAAACUCAGUAUUAAUCCGGACGAAAGCUUAGACGGAUCGGAAACUCCGUUAAUUCAGAAACAAGUAAAGGAACAGUUGCGAGCCGGUUUGAGCGCGCUCCCAGCACCGCGUAAUGAUUACGAGAUCGUAGUUCCUGAAGGAGAAACAAAAGACGAGGAUGGUGCUGCGAUGGCUGCAGAAGUCGUUGAGGAUCAAGCCGAUAUAGAUGCUAGGCAACAACAAGAAUUGGCAGAACAAAGAAAAAGAGAAUUGGCAAGGAGGUCGCAAGUCAUACAACGGGAUUUACCGCGACCAAUUGAUGUAAAUAUGAAUAUCUUGAGACCGUUCAUGGAUACGCCAUUAACGGAUUUGCAAAGAGCAGAAGAACUGAUUAAAAGAGAAAUGAUCACGAUGCUACAGUACGAUGCGCUACAGAAUCCAGUACAACCAAGUCGUAAAGGUUCCUCGGGUUUGGUAGCUCAAGCGCAGGCUUACUUAGAUCAACAUCCGUACGUUAAUUUUGAGGAAGAAGAAAUUAGUGCCGCGAAAAAACUCCUGACCGAAGAAAUGGGUGUUGUAAAAGAAGGCAUGGCACACGGAGAACUGAGCUUGGAUUCUUACACAACUGUAUGGGAAGAAUGUUUAUCGCAGAUAUUAUAUUUGGAAACACAGAAACGAUAUACUCGAGCAACGCUGGCUUCGAAGAAGGAUAGGGUAGAAGCAUGCGAAAGAAAGCUAGAAGAAAAUCGCAUGCAUAUGACCGGCGAGGCCAAGCGGGCAGCGAGAAUGGAAAAGAAACUGAAAGUUCUUACUGGCGGCUAUCAGACUAGGGCGCAAGUAUUAACGAAACAAUUGCACGAUCUGUGGGAGCAGAUAGAGCAAGCGCAUUUGGAACUUUCGACAUUUGAAUUCUUGCAAACUCAAGAAGAAGCGGCUAUACCUCGAAGAGUGAACGCACUUAUGGAGGACGUUAACAGACAGACAGAACGGGAACGGGUAUUGCAAACUCGGUAUGCACAGUUGCAGGAUCAGCUGCAACAAUGUUAAAUAUUGUCCACAGGAUUUAGUGUAAUGUAUCAUAUCUUAAGUACUGUAAAGGUAUUGUGAAAUACAAAAUGAUAAUUUCUAUAGCAGUUCAUUAAACAUACGUUUCUUGAUUCGAGCAAGCAAAAGUGUUGAGAUCUCAACUUCAUAUAAUAAAUUUUUAUUGUCAUACAAUUUACAAUUUUUAUUAUAUGAUACAGUUUAUUUUAAAAAUCGAAUUAAUUAAUAAUAUAUGCGUUAUAUUACACGAGGACAAUACGUAAUAUUUCAAUUUCAAUCUCAAUGUGAUUUAUCGAGAAUUACAAUUAAUUUUAGACAAAUAAGGAUGUAAUUAUUUAUAUUUUUAUGCUAUAUAUCCGUUUGCGUGUAUAUAAAACAACACAGAGUUCAGAGUGAGCGAGUUUAAAAAUCCCGCAAUUUUUCGAUCUUGUUCGAUAAGUAUCGACACCAACAAUUAUUAUAAAAACAAAUGUGAAAAUAUAAAUAAAUUACUUCAGAAAUUAAAUACGAACAUGCAGAAAUGUAACAAAGAA